UUAACUUAAGUAUAAAAGGAGUUUUGUUUAUAAAAUGGCUAGCCAUACUACAAAUAGUAAAAACUACAAUAUGAAACUUAUUGAUACUCUGUACAAUCAGGUUCCAGCAUUUACAGAUGUCUUUGAUGAAGAAACAUGGUAUAUUUUUGUUGCCUGCUUUGUAGCAGGUACAUUUUUAAUUACGUUUAUUCUUUCAAGAUUUAUAACAUUAACACCUGUGGAAUAGGUAUAAAAUAUAUUCAAAAAAAUGUGUGUUACAUUCAUAUACAUAUACCAUUAUUUAUAUUUAGUGCAUUACAUUAAAUAAUAAUACAUUGUACUGAUAAGAUUUCUUUGCACACCUUAGUUAUUUCUGGUAAUAAUUUCAAUAGAAAAAUAUGUGUACAUGUACAUAUGAACACUGCUUUGAAAUAGCUUUAAGUGUCUUAAACACUUUGUUACACUAUUUCCAACAGUAUUUAAUGUUAAAACUGUACAUACCAAAAUUAUUUAUACUAUGAAAUUGUGGAAAUCGAAUUGGUCUUUAUAUUACAAACUGAUCAUAAACCCUUUGUAAUUCAUUAUAUUUACACUGUUUUCAUAAGAAUUACAGAAUUUAUACCUUUAAUGUAAUCAAAAUUAUAUAAGACUUCAUAAUAAAUAAAUAAUAAAUGGAAAAAUUGUGGUAGUGUAUAAUACAUUGUCAUUAUAAAAUCAAAUGAUG